AUGUCGAGAUCGCGAGAGAGAGAGCGGCGAUUCGUUCAUUCAUCGGUAGUCAGAGACAAGGGAUCCCUCUUAAACAGGUGCACUCUAUCUUCCAAAUCCAAAAUCAAAUUGAGAUCCAACUCGAAAUCGAAAUCCAAAUCCUCCCUCUUAAUCAGCUGCACUAUUUCUGCCAAAUCCAAAACCAAAUUCAAAUCUAAAUCGAAAUCCAAAUAUUCAGACAGUAGCAAAGCUCUUGCCAACGCCGAAUUGAAAUUGAUCAAAUCAGCUAAUGCUCAACUCAAGGUCUUGUUCCUGGUGACGCAUUCUCACCACGGAACCCUCGAUUACCCUGUAAUCUCAAUCGACGGCAACUCUUUCAGAGUAUUAGACGAGGAUGAUGAUGAUCUUCCUCGCAACUUAUUGCCUCUACUCUCUCCCUUGGACUCAAAACACCUAUGCCCUUCUUGGAUGUUGUGGCUCAUUGGUUUGAUUGCUAUUUCAGCCAAUUCAUUCCAAGGCACAAAUGGCAUUUUUGCCCCCAUCAGGGGUAAGACCUACAUCGCCCUUAGAAAGGGCUCAUCUCUUCUCUUCUUAGCUCGUCUUCGUCGUAUGAUUCCUCAUGCUGUGCUUCAUAACCCCUAA